CGGGGUUUGGCUUACAUACAGCGUUGUUGAGACAAAAGUGAGCUACCCUGUCUGUUCUGUAGUGUAGUUACUGUCACACAUUCAGUCAGAAAGAUGUCGGCGGUUUGUGUUGCCUUGAGUCGAAAUGUUUUGGCUAUUAGGAAUUCUGGCAUGAUGGUGAUGGUGCGGUACGGUCAGACUGCCGCCGCCCCAGCUCCUGAACCCAGGAUCAAGAAGUUCCAAAUUUACCGCUGGGACCCUGACACCACUGGAGAUAAACCACGAAUGCAGACAUAUGAAAUUGAUCUCAACAGCUGUGGUCCAAUGGUUCUGGAUGCCCUCAUUAAGAUCAAGAACGAGAUUGACCCCACACUCACAUUCAGACGCUCCUGCCGUGAGGGUAUCUGCGGCUCAUGUGCCAUGAACAUAAAUGGUGGCAACACACUGGCAUGCCUUAACAAAAUUGACAGCAACACAAGCAAACCGACCAAAAUAUACCCGCUCCCACACAUGUACGUGGUCAAAGAUCUGGUGCCUGAUAUGAGCAACUUCUAUGCACAGUACAAAUCCAUCGAGCCCUACCUGAAAAAGAAGGAUGGAACCCGAGAAGGAAAGGAGCAAUAUUUCCAGUCGGUGGAGGACAGGCAAAAACUGGAUGGCCUGUAUGAGUGCAUCCUCUGCGCUUGCUGCAGCACCAGCUGUCCCAGCUACUGGUGGAACGGAGACAAAUACCUGGGACCUGCUGUCCUAAUGCAGGCAUACCGGUGGAUGAUUGACUCCCGUGAUGAAUUCACUGAGGAACGUUUGUCUAAACUUCAGGACCCGUUCUCUCUCUACCGCUGCCACACUAUCAUGAACUGCACUAAGACUUGCCCCAAGGGACUCAACCCAGGAAAGGCCAUUGCAGAGAUCAAGAAAAUGAUGGCGACUUACAAAGAGAAGAAAGCAGCAGCUUCAUGAACAUAUGAAAAUCCAGCUGGCUCAAGAUCCACUAAUAAUACCUCAAAGUUAAAUUAAGAGUCAACCAGGAACUUUUGCCUGCUUCAGCACCCUUUAUUAUUUUCAUGAGUGUGCGAUGUGAGUGUGUGGAUGUGUGUGAGUGGGAUUGUGUAAGGGAGCAGAAGACAGGAAAGUGUGAGAAAAGGGUGCUGGAAAAUAUUUUGAGUGAUGCAACAUGGACCGCAUUUCUGCUAUUUCUCUGCAUUGUGAAAAUACUAGGCUCUGUUGUGUUUACUCAUUUGGAAAUGCUCCUGAAAUUGUAUUCACACUGUAAAUAUUUAAAUAUGUGUUCAUUAACGAUGUGGAAGUUAAAUAGAUGUUUUUGGAUUAGGAAAGAACACAUUACUCAUGUUGAUUGCCUUUACAAUUUUCAUUGCAGUACACAACAAUAUUGAAGGAUCUAAUGAGACAUUUUGAAUUGCCAAAAAGUCUCCACACAAAAAUAAAUGGCUCAUUAUAACAAGAUACUGUUAUUUUACUUUCAUUCUUCUUGUUAUAAUGAGAUACCAACUUAGAUUAUCUAAUGAGAUGUCUCCUUAAAACUUUUCUUGUUAUAACAACAACAACAUAUCUCAAAUAUUUUUUGUUAUAAUGAGAUAAUUUGGUCUGAUGUUAUGAUAAUAAACUUGCAUAUGUUGUUAUAAAGCUCCAGUCAAAGCCUAAAGAGAAGAUGGUGUAUGUGUGCAUGCAUAAUAGGCCAUUGUAGAAAAAGCACAGGUGUUACUGAUAGCAUUAACAAUAGCUCUGUUAUACUAAGUGUCCCAGUACACUAUGACAAUGUGACAGUGAGACAGCAUGCAUACAAUACCGGGAGCCUGAAACUGAAGGAGCUAAAUGGAUCACUGACAUUGCUUACUUGGAAACUUAAUGGAAUGAACCCAUCGUUAGUUAUUAUUGUUUGCUUUUCCUGCUUUGACAAGUCAAAAUGUCCGCCGUGAAAAAAAGGGUCUAUUGGGAUGUGGUCACUAUUUGUAUUCUUUCAACAAUAAUGUUUUGUUUAUGAGAUUUACUGAGCACUGAAUGGUUUAAAGAACCUUGGUGGGAAGUAUAUAUUACCGUGCAUGAAAUGAUGACUCUUCCCAGCUUUCUGCAGUAACUUCUUAAACAUGAUGUAAACAAUAAAGCUGAUUUCCUCAAUUAGGUUACAGGAUUAAGAGAAACCUGGGUACCACAGCUGGAAUUCUGAGAGAGGAACACGUUUUCUUCUCGGCCAUGAAUACGCUUAGCAGGGUUACUAAAUAAAACAGUAGUGGUUUGGGUGAA